AUGUGUUCACCAAAUCAUACUGAAUGCAUCACAUUUCACAUUAUAUUUGUAUGUUUUAUUGACUUAUAUACUAACAAUAUAAACAUUGUUCACCCCACAGAGAGACACUCACUGAAGUAUUUCAUCACUGCAUCUUCUGGAAACCCAAACAUCUCAGAGUUUAUGGGUGUUGGGAUGGUUGAUGGCAUCGAGGCGGGUUACUGUGACCUCAGAAACAGGAUAUUGGAAAUAAAACAGGACUGGGCGAAGAAAAUAGUGGACAAAGACCCUCGGCAGUUACAGUAUUACACUCAUGUGUGCUUUGAGAAUCUGCCACCCUUCUUCACAGAUACAAUAUCCACUGUGAAGCAGGAUUUCAACCAAACUGGAGGUGUCCACUUUUUACAGAGGAUAGAUGGCUGUGAAUGGGAUGAAACCACUGGCAAGGUGACCGGAUUGACACGUUAUGGGUAUGAUGGAGAGGACUUUAUUGAGCUUGAUCUAAAGACACUGACAUGGAUCGCACUGAAACCAGAGGCUGUCAAUACCAAAAUAAGAUGGGAGAGAGCAGGACUGAGAAACACUCAAAACUUUCUCACUGUGGUUUGUCCAACUUGGCUGAAGACAGUUUGGAACACUGAAAGAAGUUCCCUGCAGAGAAAAGUUCUUCCUUCAGUGUCUCUACUCCAGAAGACUCCCUCCUCUCCAAUCAGCUGCCACGCUACAAGUUUCUAUCCUGGCAGAGCCAAGAUGUUCUGGAGGAAAGAUGGGGAGGAGAUUCAUGAAGAUGUUUAUCUUGGAGAAAUCCUCCCCAACAAUGAUGAGACCUUCCAGAUGAGUGCUGACCUGAGUGUAUUAUCAGUCACACCUGAAGACUGGGGAAGGUACGACUGUGUGUUUCAGCUCUCUGGUGGUGAGAACAUCAUCACAAAUCUGAAUGAAAGCAUUAUCAGGACCAACUGGAAAGCUCCUGUCAGUGUCACUGAACUCUCUGUGUGACUGAAUCAACAUCACGUAGACAAACACAGCACCCUACAACCGAGGAUACACACCUCCAGUUAGACAAGUUUAGGGAACCGAAGAUUCAUGGUUAUUUU